CAGUUGCUCAUGUCAUCGUUUCACGAACUGUAAAUGUCCGUUUCAGGCCAUUUGUACCCUACUGGGAAGAUCCAGGUCAUUGGAAACAUUUUCCAGUUCACGGUGGAUGUGAGUGAAUUUUCUCCAGAGGAUGUUGUCAUCAUAUUCUCCAACAACCUGAUGGAGGUGCAUGCUGAGAAGCUUGGAGCAGACGGCCAAGUCACUAACACUUUCUUCCACAAAUGCAAACUUCCAGCGAAUGUGGACCCCUUAUCUGUGACCAUGGGCAUUGACAGCAGUGGGGCCCUGACCAUCAGAGCACACAGGGUACUUUAAUGCGUGAUGCCCUCUUCUAUUUUGACAUCUCAACGCUGGACUUUAGCGACAUCUGGCGGGGG